AUGGCGGGGAACCGAUGGAGUAAUUCCCCUCUUAAAUGUGCUGGUGACUGUUUGACUUACAUGCGUCCGCCUGCUUACUUGUGGUUUCGGGUUGGCUGCACUGACCGUUGGGUGAUAGAACUUGAUGGCAAACAUGGUGACGAUGAAGAUGAACUUGAGUUAGAGGAAGAAACAAAUGACUCAAGUAGAGGUUCAGUAAUAGGAGAUAGUGAUAAUGGUACUGAUACACCUGUUUCUACUGGUUCACCAACUGACUUGCCAAUUUCAUCACCAUCAGACUCUACUAUUCCACCCACAUCCUCAUCAGUUGAAGGAUCAUCUAUUGGUCCUAAUUUGCCUAUUGUUCAUGUAGAGGAUGGGAGGUUGAUACCAUCUCAUAAAUGUUCAACUACAAUGAAAAACAUAUUCAUGCAAAGGAUCUAUCCUGAAGGGUAUACUUGGAAGAAUAUACCUAAUGAGUACAAUGAAUUAUACUUUGAGGAAUUUAAGAAAUUUUACAAGUGGGAUGCGUCUAUUGACCGACAUGUUCAUAAAGCUUUUUUAGCACAAGCAGGCAUACGGUAUACAGAUAUGGUCUCAAAAUUUAAGUCAAACCGAACUUCAACUUGGAAGCCAGCUUGUAUACAUGAAGAUACAUGGCGCAUUUGGGAGGCAUAUUGGGAUAGGCCUGACGUUAAAGCUAAAUAUGAGCAACAUCGGAAGAAUAGGAUGAGUGAGGUGGCAAGACCCGGUACUGGAUGUUCCCGACAUACCGGAGGAUCUAGAUCUGCUAUUGAGCACUAUCACAAAUUGCGAGAUGAACUUCAAAAGGAGCCUAAUUUAUUUGAGUGCUUUGAGCAUAUGCACAAAAAGAAGAAUGAUGCAUUUGUUGAUGAAAGGUCAAAGAAAAUUGUUGAAGAAAUACAAGCACGACAUGAUGCUGCAACGCAAGAGGUGGAAGGGUCAACUUAG